GCUAACUUCAUUCAUUUCAGUUUAGAGCUACCCGUACAGAAGUUUAUGUUUCUACUUUCUUUUCAUAAAUCUUGCUUUUCGACCUCAUAUUACAAAUAGAGCGUGCAUAUUUUACGAUUCAAUUAUGGCAGAUCGUCUUACGCAGUUGCAAGAUACCAUAAACCAGCAAGCUGAGCAUUUCUGCAACAGCAUAGGUAUAUUGCAGCAGUUUUCAACACCUAGCAAGUUCCCUGGAUUCGACCGCAGCGGUUCACAGACGCCGCAACAGCAACAAAACCAGGAGGACUAUGCUAUGCUAUUUGCUACGUUGAUAUCUCGAUGCGCUAAGGAUAUUGAUACCCUGAUUGAGUCGUUGCCGAGCGAGGAAAGCUCGACUGAGCUUCAGGUGCAAAGCUUGAGGCGUUUGGAGGCUGAGAAUAAAGAGGCUGCUGAACAACUGGAGGAGGUGGUUCGCCAAGGAGAAAUCCUUCUAGAGAAGAUUCAAGGAGCACUAAGUGACAUUGCUCAAUGUCAACUAGACAUGCAGAACCCAGCCCUGAUCCUCAACAAGGAUGUGAAGCCUCAGUUAUAGGGCUCAAGCAAACACGGUGGUUGUUACCGUCAGUGAUGAUCUGAUAUGGACAAAUAGUUAUACCAUUAUGAGUUUUGUGGUUUAUAUUUGAUGGUCAACAGGAGUGAGAGUAUUUACAUUGCAUUCAAAGUAUAUGUGUUCCCUUUUCAGGAAGACAUGAUUAAAUUCCUUGCCAUUUCACCUGGCAAGCUGUGGUAAACAGUUAGUGAUGAGUAUAUGAAAGUUUCAUUUUAUGGUGUACCAUUACCUUAACAUGCAAGUAUUAUGGGCAUAACCCGCCUUAACUCAUUGUAAGCUGGAGCCCAGGUAUAUGCAAUACACAACUGAUUUUCUGUUAUAUAAUUACCAACAUACAAGCAGUUUAGGUCCAAUUAAGCAAAAUUUUAUGCUUGUCAGGUUUUCAAUAUGAUUUUGGAGCAAUUUGAUUGGUUGAAGUUUCCAGUUUCAAGACCUUGUUUACCUAACUAAUACAGAUUUUGUAAAAUAUCCAUCUUAGAAUAAGAGCUAAGAAAAUUCUACUUUGUUUUAUUAUUGUUGUAAAUAAUUGUGUACCUAAAUAAAGUUUUCUGAAAUA